AUGACCCUGCAGCUUCGAAAAUGCAGAAAAGCCAGACUGAGCACCUCUAUAAAAUUUUAGUCAUCGGCGACCUGGGGGUAGGAAAGACGAGUAUCAUAAAACGUUACGUGCAUCAAAACUUUUCCCAACAUUAUCGAGCUACAAUUGGUGUGGAUUUCGCUCUCAAAGUUAUCCACUGGGACUCGGAUACUGUGGUCCGGCUGCAGUUAUGGGAUAUCGCCGGUCAAGAACGAUUUGGGAACAUGACAAGAGUAUACUACAGAGAGGCCAUUGGAGCAUUCAUAGUCUUUGAUGUGACACGAGCCUCAACAUUUGAAGCAGUGUCUAAAUGGAAAGAUGACUUAGACUCGAAAUUGACUCUCCCUAAUGGCAAACCUGUCUCUGUUGUCUUACUGGCAAACAAAUGUGAUAAGGAGAGUGAGUUCAUAUCCGCUAAUCCUGGAAGAAUGGAACAGUUCUGCAAAGAACAUGGAUUUGUCAGCUGCUUUGAAACUUCAGCGAAGGAAAAUAUCAACAUUGAGGAAGCAGCUCAGAGUCUGGUGAAACACAUCAUUGCCAGUGAGAAUGAUCUAGCACGAUCUGCUGAAUCUGACGUGGUCACUCCGACACUCAAAUCCUUCAGAAGCAAUGGCAACUGCUCAUCUUGCUUCAAGGCUUAGACUUCCAAGGCUUAUAAAUCAAGAUUUCAUUCUAACUACAUUUCUGUCACAGAUUUCUUACUAAGUUGCAACAUUGACAUUUACAAUAGAGACAUUUUUUAGUCAGAUCUUGGAAGAUGAUGGGGUUGGACACAAAAGUAAAUGCAGUUCAGUAAUAAAUUUUUCCACUUCCGUUGGAUGUGUAACAUGUGAAGCAGCCUGGGGAUGUUUUCUUAGGAGUAAGAAAUUAAAGGAAAGUUUGUGUUAUUAAAAAUGGAUUUCACUGUAUUGGAUUGACUUUAAAGAUGAUACAGCUUGCAUGCUUGGGAAUCAAAGAAACAAGAGAUUAAAAUUCAACUUUAUUGAGACUAAUUGGGCUGUUUCGGUGGUGGAGAAAAUUAGGCAGGAUGUUUAUCAAGAGGCUGAUCUAGCACAUUCCAUCUGUGCCCUACCAAAACUGAAUCUCACCCGGCAGGCAUCAUUUUCAUUAUCAGCAGAAAGGAAGACUGCCUUUUUACAUAAUAUGUUCACGUGCUUUUCCAUCACUUUACAAAAUAAAAAUUCAUCUUCUAUUGCUUCUGUUAAAUGAAUUUUCUAUAACGGCUCUGUUCUGUACUCCUGAAAUUUAUUUUCGUCAAAUUUCGCUUUUAAAUUUCCAAUUAUUCAAGGUGAUUUUUCUCCCCAUUUCUAAGUAACUACAACACCUUUGCCCUUCCCUUGACUGAGAUUAGAGUAUUUAAUACAGCACGUGACAUGGGUCAGACCAGUCAGAAUCUGCAUUGAAUCAUAGCUUCAUUUCAGCUGGUACUCUGGAAGCACAAUCUAGUCAGUCGCAAACUCCAACUCUCACCAUGAAGCCUAGUUUAACAGCAAAGCAAUCCCUACUUUAUUUCCGAACACUUCAAUCAAAUCACCUCUCUGUUUUCACUCCUUUAAACAGAGCAAUCUGAAAUUCUUCAAUCCAUCCAUGAAACUAAAAUCCUUUAUUGUUCUUUUAACAUUUUGGAUUUCUCUGUAUUAAGCAUCUUGCAUGUAUCCUCCCAUUUCAACAUCCUGCAUAUCUUUUCUAUCACUCUCGAUAGUUGCACAUUUUGAAAUGCUGCGAUGUAUACUGCACUCUAGUUCAAUAUAUAUGAAGGAAACAGUAGUCCUGGUGCACCGUAUCAUCAUCCAGACAGAAUUCAACUGCUCACCAUAUUGUUCCUGGUCCCUUAGACUGUUUUGUAUCCAAACUGCUUUUCCUUUCAUUCCUAAGAUUCCAAUUUUGCUGAUGAGCUUUUAUGUGAUAUUUGAGCAAAUGUCUUCUGAAAGUCCAUGUAUGAAAUACCAACUGCAUUGCUGUCAAAACCCUUCUCUCUUAUCAUAUUGGAAAAUCCGGACCGAUUUGCAUUUAACAGAUCUGUGCUGAUUUUCCUUUGAUUACCCAUACUUGCCCAAAUGUCUUUAAAUUUUGUUCCUGACUACUGUUUCUAUCAGCUUCCUCAACAAGGUUAAAUUUUCAGUCCUCUUGUGAGAAAAGGUAUAACAUUUCUAGGCACCUGGUCCUCUCGGACUACCUCAUGUGUUAAGACUGUGUUAAGUAUCUCAGCUGCCACAUGUUUGCUAGGAUUUUAGCAACAGCUUCAUUGAUGAAGUGUUUAACAUUUCUGCUAAUGCCUUUCCUUCCAUGCACAGAUCUCCUAUUGGGUGUCUAAUCAGCCUUAACCAUCUCCAAUCUACACAUUCAUUAUACAACUGCCAAAACAAGAUAUUUUGAUUUCUUAAACUGGAGUAUGGUUCAGCUGUUUAAGUACUACGGUGGUUCAGUUAUAAUGUUCUUAUGCUGAGUCUCAAAGGAUGGAAUGAAUUUGUGAAACCCCAUUCCAGUACCAGAAAACAUAACACAGUUAAGAGCAAUGCUGCAUUGGCAAAAGUAUCAACUUUGAAGUGAACAUUAAGAGUUCUAUGGUACUAUUUGAAGUAUUUUAAUCUCAAAAUUUGCUACCACAUUUGCUUACGUAGUGUUACUAUACUUCAAAAGUGACGCAUUGUCUGUGAUGACUUUCUGUAAUGAGGUAAUAAAGUAUACAGAC